CUUCCAUUUCCAUGCAAUUUCCCUUCUCUCUCCCUUUCCCUCCCACCUCUCAUCCCUGUUUAAUGUUAAUCUUCUUCUCAUGCUCUUCGUCCCUACUCUGUUCUUAGUUACUCUCCUUAUAUCAAAGAAGACAUUUGGGGUUGCCUGUUUUCAACUCUUCCACUCUGAUCCUGUGUCCAGGCUAGAUUAAUCUCCCCAAGCCCCACUUUGAUUGUUACUCUGGUUCUCAUGAAGCCACAGUGGUGCCUUCGGCCCACCCUCAUAUCAAAGUGAUUCAUCUGGCCCUGCUCCCACUUCUCCACCCUGAUUUCCCUCCUCCCAACACAAACUUGAUACUUGUGCCAGUCUUCCCACUAACUCCCACAUCUGUCAGUAGCAUCCUCCCUCUGUGGUUGCCCUGCUUUCCUCCCCUUCUGUUAUUUGCCUUGUGAAGUCUGUCAGCCUCUGGCAGUGGCUCUGCCAGUGCUCUGCUUGUUCCACUGCCUCCAGCUUCUCACCCACAUAAUCCACCUUGGAGCAGUGGUCAAAGCACCGGAUUAGGAGUAAAGACUUGAGUGUGAUUUUGUCUUUUUCCAAUCAGGCACUCACUUAAUGUACCUGGGCCUGUUUUCCUCAUUUGUUACACAGAAAUACAGUACUCACCUAAGCCAUCCUACAAGUGAGUGCCAUAGACUUGUACACCAAAAGGACAAAAACAUGGAGUACUGAACUGUGGUUAAUACUGUAGUGUUGAUCAUUCACUCUCCUCUUCAAAAUGAUGUCUACCCUGGGUAUGGUGAACAGCCUCACCAUGUCAGAAUGCAAACCCCCUUGACUCCAAGCACAGAAUUCUGUUAUUGGGUAGCUUUUAUUUCCUGGCCAGUUGGCUCAUGGAGAACUGCUGCAUGCCACUGCUCCUUUUAGUUUAUGCAUAGGUGUUGCCAUGUCACCAGUUGGCUAGUUCUCUGUGGGAGUUGUGCUUGGCUCUGAGUGGGGUAAUGGGUCUGAUUAUCUGUGUUUCCCAUGCACUAUUCUCUUCCCUCUGAUGAUUCUUCAGGCCUCUUCUCUGUUCCCCCAAAUAUUAAUUAGCUUCUUGAGAGUAAUCUAGUGAUAAUAAAGAUUUCCUUGAUAACACCCCAGAUCUGUGUAUGGAUCUGUGGUCAGCAGUGGGCAAUAGAAUUUGGUUAUUGUGUCAUUUGGGCACAUGAAACCUGAGUUCUACCCCAUGCAUGCUUUUUAUGGCUCUUUUGGUGCCUUACCUCAAUAAAUAUAGCCACCAUACUUACCUAUAAUGUUUGCAAGAUGCCUUACUAGGGAUUCCCUGUAAUGCAAAAAGUCAGACCUAUCCAAAUUUUAGCCUAUUUGAACAUUAAGUUUGGAGCUGAACUUCACAGCUCAUGAACCUUGGCACUGCCCAUCACCUCCUGGAAAUUGGGGUGGGGGGGUGAAAUUUAUGGUAGAGGGGUAAACAGGCAUAUCUGGUAUUGAGGCAGAGAAAGAAAGGUUAUACCAUAGCAGCCCAGUUCCACAGAGAGAGGUUCCACUGAGUUCAGGAAAUAGCACUACUCAGGGAAAGAACCAGGGUCUUUUGUACUAAACUUUCAUCAUUGGUAACCAUCCAAGAGAAACCCCAGCCAGCUAACCAUCAGGUAAAUAACUUAGCCCCUAUUCAUGAGGAGUUGCCAGGCUGGGGUCAAGAAAGCAUAGAUCCACAUUCGAACAGAGUGGACCUGGGCAGGAGAAAACGUGUUCAAGUGAACAGUGCAGCAUCAAGGUACCAUGCCAGGGAACACCAUGGUGCAGCAGUUGGGGACUGAAAGCCCAGGGCCAGGGAGUGCAUCACCAGCCAGGAGCCUGUACCUCAGGAUGUAAAUACCUGACCAUUUGUUCUGAAUAUACUUGGCCAUGAUUUACGGGUUAAGCUUUCUCUGUGUCAAAAACAUACCAAAGAUAUAGAAACUAAUGGUACAACUAUAUUUGAGGUUUUCUGAAACAAACGUUACCAUGUUAAUAUUAGAACUGAAUUUUAAGCACCUUACUUUGGAAAAGACUAACCUUUUCUUUCUUGCAAUGUUCCCCCUGGAAACCCAGCCACAUUGCUGUGAAGAAGCCUAGGCCUAGGCCAGGUGGAGAGACCUACACCGAGAGGAAUGGAGGUUCCCAGCACUUGGACCCAUCUGCACUCCAGCUGACAGCCUGCACCAACAUGCCAACCAUGUGAGUGUGCAUGUUGGGAAUGGAUUCUUCAGCCCUCAGGAAACAUUGAAGAUACACAACACCACAUCACUUCUGUGAGAUUCCUGCCAAAUGCAAAACCUGAAACAGGAAACAUCAGGAAAAGUCAAAUUGAGGACAUUCUACAAAAUAACUGACCUUUGGGAAUAUCAAGGUCAUACAAGUCAAGGAAAGGAAACAUUCAAGCUGAAUUUUUAAAUCACUGCAAGUUAAUGAUGGACCAGAAAUUGCAGAAUGUAAUCCUGAAUGAAAGUCUUCAGAUUUUUUAAAUUUCUAAAUUUUUUUGCUCCACAUAACAGAGGAAAGAAAAUCUAUCUCCAUGUUAAAACUCUGAUCUAGAAUAAAAUAUUCAUAAUAGGAAAUUAUAGCUGGGAAAUUUUAUUUGGCUUUUAAUGUACUUAAUUGAAAGGAGUCAUCACGUUUUUCAGAAGCACUUGUUUAGAUCUGAUAUUGUUUUAACAAUCACUCGUUUUCUAGAAAUCUUGACAUGAUCAGCAGGGAGGAGCAACAGCAGUAGCUGAAAACUGCAUUGGUCAAGAUGACUUCCGAAGAAAUGGCAGCUUCCGUUCUUAUCCCUGUUUCUCAGAAAAAAGUGGUGUCUGCCCAGGCGGCCCUAGAUGAAAAUAAUGAAAACUCUGACAUCUGUAUUCCAAAGGCACAUACUGUCAGGCAAGCUGGGCAGACCUCUUAUACCAUCUCACAACAGAACAAACUUAAAGAAGAAUCUUCUGGAAGCCACUUGCCUAAUGUUCUCUCCAUAGCAAGGGAGAAAAUGCUUAGUGAUGAGAACAGCAACGAAAAGUGCUGGGAGAAAAGCAUGCCAGAUUCUGUGAAAAACCUUAACAUUAGCUGCAACAACAUUCUGCGAAACCAUCAGCGUGGCCUGCCUCAGAGCCACUAUUAUGAAACGUGCAACUCUGUUACGGAGGAAGGCCUGUGUUUGGAAACUGGAAUUCCUUCUCCACUGGAAAGAAAGCUGUUCCCUGGAAUUAAACUGGAAAUAGACACACCUCCCAUGAGCAUUAGUCCUUCAGGAAGUCACUCUGAGACCAUCGAGACCCACAGAGUGCAGCCUGACAGCAACAUGGCAGUAUUUAAUUUUCAUUAUGAAGUUGACAGAAGAAUGUCAGAGGCUUUCCAUACCCUAUCAGAAAACUUAAUUUUGGACGAUUGUGGAAAUUGCAUCCCACUUCCUAUGGGGGAGCAAAAGCAAGAUUACACAGCAUAUACUUGUAAACUGGUAAACUUGGCAAAAAACUGUGAUAACAGGAAUGGGCAGCUGCAGUGUGAUCAUUGGGACACCUUGAAUCAUAAAUACCUUUGCUUUGAGGGUUCUGGCCAGAAGGAUGACGUGAUAUGCUCUAGUGAUAGCAUUUGCAGGGGGGAUUUCACUGAAAGUGCACCUACUAAGACUUUUUUGAGCCAUUUUGAGGAUUUCCCUGAUAAUUGUGAAGAUACUGAAGAUUUUUUUAAAAGCAAAAAGGAACGGUCCACUUUGUUAGUCAGGAGAUUUUGCAAAAAUGACAGGGAAGUAAAGAAAUCUGUGUAUACGGGGACGAGAGCAAUCAUGAGAACCCUGCCUUCUGGCCACAUUGGACUGGUUGCUUGGAAUUACAUUGACCAGAAAAGAAAUGGCCUCUCACUGCCUUGUGGGAAAGUCAUGAAACCUCUGCCCACAGUGGAGAUAAGGCACAGUGGGGGCCGAUGUCUGUCAGAAGCCCUGUGGUCUCCGAUCUACAAUGCAGUGAGAAGAGGAGAAGAAACAGAAAAUACAGUUGGAUCUCUUCUCCAUUUCUUACCAAAGCUUCCAGCCUCUGAAACAGUCCAUGGAGGGAUUAGCAUUUGUCUGUGCUUAAAGCAAUGUGUCCAAGACACCGUGUGUGAGUACCGUGCCACCCUCCAAAGGACUUCCAUAGCUCAGUACAUCACCGGUUCUCUCCUGGAGGCAACCACAUCUUUAGGAGCAAGAAGUGGCCUUCUCAAUACUUUUGGAGGAGCCACUGGACGAAUGAUGCUGAAAGAACGCCAACCAGGUACCUCUAUGGCCAAUUCCAACGCCUUCCCUUCAAGUUCAGCUGGAAUCAGCAAGGAACUGAUCGAUCUGCAACCCCUCAUCCAGUUCCCAGAGGAAGUCGCCAGCAUCCUGACAGAGCAGGAGCAGAAUAUUUACCGAAAGGUCCUGCCAGUGGACUACCUUUGCUUCCUAACCCGGGACUUGGGUACACCGGAAUGCCAGAGGUCCCUGCCGUGCCUCAAAGCGUCCAUCUCGGCGUCAAUUCUCACCUCUCAGAGUGGAGAGCACAAUGCCCUUGAGGACCUUGUGAUGCGAUUCAAUGAGGUGAGCUCCUGGGUAACAUGGCUGAUCCUCACAGCAGGCUCCAUGGAGGAAAAGCGGGAAGUCUUCUCAUAUUUGGUGCAUGUGGCCAAGUGCUGCUGGAACAUGGGCAACUACAAUGCUGUCAUGGAGUUCUUGGCUGGCCUCAGGUCAAGAAAAGUUUUAAAGAUGUGGCAAUUCAUGGACCAGUCUGACAUCGAGACCAUGAGGAGCCUGAAGGAUGCCAUGGCUCAGCACGAGUCCUCCUCCGAGUACAGAAAGGUGGUAACCCGCGCGCUGCACAUCCCUGGCUGCAAGGUGGUUCCAUUCUGUGGGGUGUUUCUGAAGGAGCUCUGUGAAGUACUUGAUGGAGCCUCUGGCCUCAUGAAGCUUUGCCCGCGGUACAAUUCCCAAGAGGAGACUUUAGAGUUCGUAGCAGAUUACAUUGGACAAGAUAAUUUCUUGCAACGAGUGGGACAAAAUGGCUUAAAGAAUUCGGAGAAGGAGUCCACCGUGAACAGUAUCUUUCAGAUCAUCAGAAGCUGCAGUCGAAGUCUGGAGACAGAGGAGGAGGACAGUGCCAGUGAAGGGGACAGCUCUAGGAAAAACUCCCUGAAGGAGAAAACCCGAUGGCAGUUUAUAAUUGGAGAUUUGCUGGACUCAGAAAAUGACAUCUUUGAGCAAGCCAAAGAAUGUGAUCAUCAUGGAUCAGAGGAGUCACAGAAGGCCUUUGCCCAUGGGACAGAGCUCAUCCCCUGGUAUGUGCUGUCCAUCCAAGCUGAUGUGCAUCAGUUCCUGCUUCAGGGGGCCACGGUCAUCCACUAUGACCAGGACACACACCUCUCUGCCCGCUGCUUCCUCCAGCUUCAGCCUGACAAUAGCACUUUGACCUGGACAAAGCCCACCACCGCCUCCCCAGCCAGCACUAAGGCAAAACUCAGUGCGCUCAGUAACACCGUCGAGCCCGGCAAAUUCCCGCUACUGGGCAAUGCUGUAUUGAGCGGCCUGGUGGAGGGGGUCUUAGAUCUGUUUUCAGCAAAGGCGGUGUACAUGGGACACCCUAACAUUGAUAUACACACUGUGUGUGUUCAGAACAAACUGGGUAGCAUGCUUCUGUCAGAGACUGGUGUGACACUUCUCUAUGGGCUUCAAACCACGGACAAUAGACUAUUGCACUUUGUGGCACCAAAGCACACAGCUAAAAUGCUCUUCAGUGGACUAUUGGAACUCACUAGAGCCGUGAGAAAGAUGAGGAGGUUCCCUGACCAAAGACAGCAGUGGCUGCGGAAACAGUAUGUGAGCCUCUAUCAGGAGGAUGGCCGGUAUGAAGGCCCAACCUUGGCUCAUGCUGUGGAGUUGUUUGGUGGCAGACGAUGGAGUACUCGAAACCCCAGCCCUGGGACAUCAGCAAAGAAUGCUGAGAAACCCAAUGUGCAGCGAAAUAACACCCUGGGCCUAAGCACCACCAAGAAAAAGAAGAAAACCCUCAUGAGGGGUGAGAGUGGAGAGGCAACUGACGAUGAGAUGGCGACUCGAAAGGUCAAAAUGUACAAAGAGUGUCGAGGCCGGAGUGGUUCUGAUCCUCAAGAUACAAAUGAACAAGAAGAAUCAGAGGCGAAUGCCAUCGCUAGCCCUCCCAAUCCUCUCCCUUCCAGAAGAGCCCACUCUUUGACUACAGCUGGGUCCCCCAACUUGGCUGCCGGGACGUCAUCUCCCAUCAGGCCAGUCUCCUCCCCUGUGCUGUCUUCUUCAAACAAGAGUCCGUCCAGUGCCUGGAGCAGUAGCAGCUGGCACGGGCGGAUCAAAGGAGGAAUGAAGGGGUUCCAGAGCUUCAUGGUUUCAGACAGUAACAUGAGUUUUGUUGAAUUUGUUGAGCUGUUCAAAUCAUUCAGCGUAAGGAGCCGCAAGGACCUGAAGGAUCUCUUUGAUGUCUACUGCGUGCCCUGCAACCGAUCGGGCUCUGAGUCGGCCCCACUCUACACCAACCUGACAAUUGAGGAGAACACCAGUGACCUUCAGCCUGACCUAGAUUUGUUGACCAGAAACGUCUCAGACUUGGGGUUGUUCAUUAAGAGCAAACAGCAGCUUUCAGACAACCAGAGGCAGAUAUCUGAUGCCAUCGCUGCUGCAAGCAUUGUGACAAAUGGCACUGGGAUCGAGAGCACAUCCCUGGGCAUAUUUGGGAUUGGCAUUCUCCAGCUCAACGACUUCCUGGUGAAUUGCCAAGGGGAACACUGCACUUACGAUGAGAUCCUCAGCAUCAUCCAGAAGUUUGAGCCUAGUAUCAACAUGUGUCAUCAGGGCCUAAUGUCAUUUGAAGGAUUUGCAAGGUUUCUGAUGGAUAAAGAUAAUUUUGCCUCGAAAAAUGAUGAGUCACAGGAGAACUUAAAAGAAUUGCAGCUACCCCUCUCCUACUAUUACAUUGAGUCUUCACACAAUACCUACCUCACGGGCCAUCAGCUCAAAGGAGAAUCCUCAGUAGAACUCUACAGCCAGGUCCUCUUGCAAGGCUGUAGGAGCAUAGAGCUGGACUGCUGGGAUGGAGAUGAUGGGAUGCCCAUUAUUUAUCAUGGACAUACACUGACAACCAAGAUUCCUUUCAAGGAUGUGGUUGAGGCCAUUGAUCGCAGCGCCUUCAUCAACUCUGACCUGCCAAUCAUCAUAUCCAUUGAGAACCACUGUUCAUUGCCUCAGCAACGAAAAAUGGCAGAAAUUUUUAAGACUGUGUUUGGAGAAAAGCUGGUGGCUAGAUUCUUAUUUGAGACUGAUUUCUCAGAUGAUCCAAUGCUUCCCUCACCCGACCAACUUAGGAGGAAAGUACUUCUUAAAAACAAGAAGCUAAAGGCCCAUCAGACGCCCGUGGACAUCUUAAAACAAAAGGCUCAUCAGUUAGCAUCCAUGCAAGCACAGGCUUAUAAUGGUGGGAAUGCCAAUCCCCCACCUGCCAAUAAUGAGGAAGAGGAAGAUGAAGAGGAUGAAUAUGAUUAUGACUAUGAAUCCCUUUCUGAUGACAACAUUCUGGAAGACAGACCUGAAAAUAAAUCAUGUACUGACAAGCUUCAGUUUGAGUACAAUGAAGAAAUUCCCAAGCGGAUAAAGAAGGCAGAUAACUCUGCUUACAACAAAGGAAAGGUUUAUGACAUGGAACUGGGAGAAGAAUUUUAUCUUCCUCAGAAUAAAAAAGAAAGCAGACAGAUUGCACCGGAGCUUUCUGACCUUGUCAUCUAUUGCCAAGCAGUAAAAUUUCCAGGCCUGUCAACUCUAAAUGCAUCUGGCUCUAGCAGAGGAAAAGAAAGGAAAAGCAGGAAGUCCAUUUUUGGCAACAAUCCGGGCAGAAUGAGCCCAGGGGAGACAGCAACAUUUAACAAAACAUCUGGAAAAAGUUCCUAUGAAGGAAUUCGACAGACCUGGGAGGAAUCUUCUUCCCCUCUGAACCCAACCACAUCCCUCAGCGCUAUCAUUAGAACUCCCAAAUGCUAUCAUAUCUCAUCGCUGAAUGAAAAUGCCGCCAAACGUCUGUGUCGCAGGUAUUCUCAGAAACUGAUCCAGCACACCGCCUGUCAACUGCUGAGGACCUACCCGGCCGCCACCCGCAUCGACUCGUCCAACCCCAAUCCCCUCCUCUUCUGGCUCCAUGGGAUCCAGCUCGUGGCACUUAACUACCAGACAGAUGAUCUUCCUUUACAUUUAAAUGCCGCCAUGUUUGAGGCAAAUGGUGGCUGUGGUUAUGUAUUGAAACCCCCAGUUCUGUGGGACAAGAACUGCCCCAUGUAUCAGAAGUUUUCUCCACUGGAAAGAGAUCUAGACAACAUGGAGCCUGCCAUCUAUUCUUUGACUAUUGUCUCUGGCCAAAAUGUGUGCCCUAGUAACAGCACAGGAAGCCCGUGCAUAGAAGUGGACGUCCUGGGCAUGCCCCUGGAUAGCUGUCAUUUCCGUACGAAGCCCAUCCAUCGGAACACUCUGAACCCCAUGUGGAAUGAACAGUUUCUGUUCCGGGUUCACUUUGAAGAUCUUGUAUUUCUUCGUUUUGCAGUUGUGGAAAAUAACAGUUCAGCGGUAACUGCUCAGAGGAUCAUUCCACUCAAGGCUUUAAAACGAGGAUAUCGACAUCUUCAGCUGCGAAACCUCCACAAUGAAGUCUUGGAAAUCUCUAGUUUGUUUAUAAACAGCAGAAGAAUGGAAGAAAAUUCCUCUGGCAGUACCUUGCCAGCCUCUUUGAUGUUUAAUACAGAAGAAAGAAAAUGUUCACAGACUCACAGAGUCACAGUGCAUGGGGUCCCAGGUCCAGAGCCCUUUGCUGUCUUUACUAUAAAUGGAGGCACCAAAGCCAAGCAGCUUCUCCAACAGAUUCUGACAACUGAACAAGACACCAAACCUAUCAUCACAGACUAUUUUCUGAUGGAAGAAAAAUAUUUUAUAUCUAAAGAAAAGAAUGAAUGCAGGAAACAACCGUUCCAGAGAGCCAUUGGUCCAGAGGAAGAGAUCAUGCAGAUUUUAAGCAGCUGGUUUCCAGAAGAAGGCUACGUGGGCAGGAUUGUCUUAAAAACCCAGCAGGAAACCAUAGAAGAGAAAAACAUUAUUCAAGAUGACAAAGAGGUGAUCUUGAGCUCAGAGGAGGAGAGUUUCUUUGUCCAAGUGCAUGAUGUUUCUCCAGAGCAACCUCGAACAGUAAUCAAAGCACCCCGUGUCAGCACUGCACAGGAUGUCAUUCAGCAGACAUUAUGCAAAGCCAAAUAUUCCUACAGCAUCCUGAGCAACCCCAACCCAGGGGACUAUGUGCUUUUGGAAGAGGUGGUCAAAGACAUGCCCAACAAGAAGUCCUCUACCCCAAAGUCUUCACAGCGAGUCCUUUUGGAUCAGGAGUGUGUGUUUCAAGCCCAAAGCAAGUGGAAAGGUGCAGGGAAAUUCAUCCUUAAGCUAAAGGAGCAGGUACAGGCAUCCAGAGAAGACAAAAGAAAGGGCAUCUCUUUUGCAAGUGAACUUAAGAAGCUCACCAAGUCAACUAAGCAGCCCCGAGGACUCCUAUCACCUCCUCAGCUCACAGUCUCAGAAAAUGUCCAAAACAAGGAGGAGAAACCUGUGGGUGGCUUGUUCUCCAGUGAUACAAUGGAUUAUCGACAGUGAUGGAGGGCAGCAUGUUUUACCCAGGUGAAGAUCUCUCAGCAAGAAGUCAAAGCCAAGAAUGAACAUGGUGGAAGAAAUAUAAUUUAUUUUCAUUAAACUUAAAACUGGAAAUUGAUGAUUUAUGAACUGCAGCCUUCUUCACACAUGAUGUGAGGUCCAUGAUGAGGACAAGAUGGCACGGGGCUGGAAGCUACAAACCAAUUUACUGACGAAUGAAGCAAAGAAGCCCAGGGAAUUGCUCUUUUAGAAAUGUUGGCAGUUGGGAAAACCAUUAUUAGGCUUGCAAUAAUUGAGCAAGGGCCAGAAAACUGUCAGUAAGGGCCACAUAAUAAAUAUUUUAAGGGUUGAGGGUUACAUGGCCUCUGUUCUGUCACUGUAGUGUAAAAGCAGCCACGGACAAAUAAGUACAUGAAUAAGCAUGGCUGCAUUCCAAUAAAACUUUAUUUAUGAACAUUGAAAUUGGAAUUUCAUAUAAUUUUCAUAUAUCACAAAUAUUCUUUUGAUUUUUUUCAACCAUUUAUACAAAUUAAAAACUAUUCUUAGCUCAAGGGCCAUACAAAAAAAGGUGGCAGGCUGGCUUUGGCCCAAGGGCCAGAGUGUGCCAACCCAAGUUAGAGAACUGGGAACAGGAGGCACAGAGGUCUGAAAGCAAGAAACCUAGUAUAGCCAUGCGUUUUAUGACCGAGAAGUUGAAGCUUUGGGGCAUUGCAAAUGUAAAUAUGUCCUAUAACAUAAGAUUCAUUAAAAGUAACUCAGCUUAGUUCCUAUGUUGUUGUGCUAUAGUGCACUCUUCUUCAAGAUUUCUCUAUACAUGUAGAAAUAUUUUUUUAAAGGUUAUUGCUCAUAUACUCACAGAUUAUUCCAUUUUUGGUUUUCACAAAAUGAAUUUAGGAUGAUAUAUAAUUUUAAUAUCUACUGAGUCAUUGUGUCUUAACAAGAAAGCUAACCAUUUUCUAAAAGCAAAAGCAGACUGAGUUAGUGUUUGAGGUAGAUUUAUUUAUUUUGCAAGGUUUGUAUUGACACUGUACUUAUAUAUUUAUUAGACAUAGCUUUCUUGAUGUGGCUAUGACUUAGAGGCAUUAGUGGUUUUAAUUCACUAUUUGAAGACAAACUUCCUAAAAAGAAAAUGUAUGCUAUGAACAUCUGAGAUAGGCUAGACUACCAAGAAAAAUAGCUUCGUUUCUGAUUAAGAGCUAUCGAUCCAACUCAUACUUGCCAUUUAAUGUAAAUUAUUUUUAAACCUUGCUGUACAAAACUAUCAGCUAAGUGUAAUGAAAUUUUUUCAUUCUUGGUAUGAAGCAAACUAUGGCUUUUAAAAAUGAAAUGUGUUUCUCUAAAGUAAAAUCCAAACUUUACCUUUCCAUUGGUUUCAUUCAAUUUUAAGAGUUUUUUCAAAUUAUAAACACAAGAAAAAUCCUAAA